GACCCGGAGCUGCGCGGGCGCGGGCGCGGGCGGACCGGGCUCCGGCGGGCGGUGGCAGCAGCGGCCCCGCGCAGGCUGGAGGCCGCCGAGGCUCGCCAUGCCGGGAGGACUCUAGCUCCCCAUGGAGCCGGCCGACUUCUACGAGGCGGAGCCGCGGCCCCCGAUGAGCAGCCACCUCCACAGCGCCCCGCACGCGCCCGGCAGCGCCGCCUUCGGCUUCCCGCGGGGCGCGGGCUCCGCGCAGCCCCCCGCGCCACCUGCCGCCGCGGAGCCGCUGGGCGGCAUCUGCGAACACGAGACGUCCAUUGACAUCAGCGCCUACAUCGACCCGGCCGCCUUCAACGACGAGUUCCUGGCCGACCUGUUCCAGCACAGCCGGCAGCAGGAGAAGGCCAAGGCGGCCGCGGGCCCCGCGGGCGGCGGCGGCGGCGACUUCGACUAUCCGGGCGCCCCCGCGGGCCCCGGCGGCGCCGUCAUGCCCGGCGGGGCGCACGGCCCGGCCCCCGGCUACGGCUGCGCGGCGGGCGGCUACCUGGACGGCAGGCUGGAGCCGCUGUACGAGCGCGUCGGGGCGCCGGCGCUGCGGCCGCUGGUGAUCAAGCAGGAGCCCCGCGAGGACGACGAAGCCAAGCAGCUGGCGCUGGCCGGCCUCUUCCCCUACCAGCCGCCGCCGCCGCCGCCGCCGUCGCACGCGCACCCGCCGCCCGCGCACCUGGCCGCGCCUCACCUGCAGUUCCAGAUCGCGCACUGCGGCCAGACCACCAUGCACCUGCAGCCCGGCCACCCCACGCCGCCGCCCACGCCCGUGCCCAGCCCACACCCAGCGCCCGCGCUCGGCGGCGCCGCCGCCGGCCUGCCCGGCCCGGGCGGCGCGCUCAAGGGGCUGGCCCCGGCGCACCCCGACCUUCGCGCGGGCGGCGGCGCGGGCAAGGCCAAGAAGUCGGUGGAUAAGAACAGCAACGAGUACCGGGUGCGGCGCGAGCGCAACAACAUCGCGGUGCGCAAGAGCCGCGACAAGGCCAAGCAGCGCAACGUGGAGACGCAGCAGAAGGUGCUGGAGCUGACCAGUGACAAUGACCGCCUGCGCAAGCGGGUGGAACAGCUGAGCCGCGAGCUGGACACGCUGAGGGGCAUCUUUCGCCAGCUGCCAGAGAGCUCCUUGGUCAAGGCCAUGGGCAACUGCGCGUGAGGCGCGCGGCUGCGGGACCGCCCUCCGCCAGCCCCUGGCGUGGACCCGGGGAGUGGUUUUGGGUCGCCGGAUCCCGAGGCUCCCCGGGCCGUGCGAGCCAGGACUAGGAGAUUCCAGCGCCGCCUGAAAGCCUGGCCUGCUCCGCGAGUCCCCUCCCUUCCUCUGCGCCAGACUCGGUGCGUCUGAGACGAGGGGGUCCGGCAGGGAGCUGGGAGAAACUGGGAAACAGGGGCUGAGCUGGGAGCCCAGCGACUCUAGUAUUAAGGAAUAACCUCGUGCCUUGGAAAUGCAAACUCACUGCUCCGAUUCCUACCGAGUAGGGGGAGCAGAUAUGUGCCUUGUCAUUUUAUCUGGAGGUUUCUGCCUCUUUCCCAAGACUGCAGCGGGCCCCCAGCAGAGAAGGAGGGGUGCAGGCCCGUGGCAGGAGGGAGGUUCAGGGAGUGAGAUCUGGGGGAGCCCGCUGCUCCUCGGCCCCCAUUUUUACAGGGGAGGAAACGUAAGAACUUGGGGCUUCCAACCUAAGGUUGUUCCCCUGGUUCUGCAGGAAGGCUCCCUAGUUCCUUGCCUCUCCCACCUCCCCCCUGCCUCCAGCCUGCAACAGGGCAGAACUCGCUGACCGGGGGGUCACCAGGUGACCAGUGGGAGCUCCUCGCCCCCAGUCGGACCGGAAAGCUAGGUCACAGGUUAGCUCUACGGACAUGUGUUGGAGAGAAGGGUGGUGCCCGGUGGGAGAGGGGAAAGCCAGAGAUCUGGUCUUGGGGCAAAGCGGGGUGAAGGGACACAGCCACCAGCCUUGUCCGCACCGUAUGUCCCCAGCAUUGCCGUGCAAACAUGAAGCACAAUCAGUCCAUCCCGGAGGGACCGGAGCUAUGACAAGCUUUCCAAAUAUUUUGCUUUAUCAGCCGAUAUCAACACUUGUAUCUGCCCUCUCUUCGUCCCAGCGGUGCCUUGUGCAAUGUGAAUGUGCACAUCUAUGCUAAACCACCAUUUUAUUUGGUUUUUGUUUUGUUUUGGUUUUGCUCAGAUACUUGCCAAAGUGAGACUCAUUGCCAGCAGCUGGGGGAAGGGGCUGAGGCUCUCUUGCCCUCUGGUUCUGGGAUUGCUUUUGAUCCCGGGGGACCAAUGAGGUGAGGUGGGCUUCCCCCUUCCCCUCCGCUUUCCCCGGCCGGCCUGCCGUGGCUGUGGGCCUCAACUCCCUCCAGCCCGGGCUGCCCACAGGCCUGUCCCCCAAGAGGCCCUGGCUCCUGGUCUGGAAGGGAGGUGGCCGCCGGCCAACACAUCACUGGGGCUGGGAACAGGGAAGGAUGGCUUGGUUCUCUCCAUCUGGGGAGAAUGUACAGUCUCAUACUAGAUAUUUUAUGUAUUAUAUCUAUAAUAUAAACAUAUCAAAGUAAA